AAAAGAAAUCCACGUAUUCUCUCGUCUCUGCAAGUACCUUCUCUCUCUCUCUCUCUCUCUUACACAUCAUCUCUCUGUUUCUUCUUCGAAUCCAACUUCUCCAUCUCCACAGAUCUGCAAAAACCAAAAUCACCCUUCCAAACCCCAACCCGAUCGUCGCCCAGCUCAUUCAAAUUCCUUCGCACUCGUACAUUAUCUCAUCGCAAUUCUCACGAGAAGAGUGAGGAUUUUAAGUGGAGUUGUUUCAAAUUAGGGUUUUGUAGGGAUGAGAAUCGAGCGAUGAACGAUGCCGGUGGCGCGUGGCGGAGCGCGAAGGGGCCGGGGAGCGAAGCAACAGCCACAGCCAGAGCAGCGGAAACCUAAUUCGAUUAAUCCGAUCGAGAACGGAGAGGCGGCGAUUGCGACGAGGACGAGGAGAAGGAGUGCAGCAGCAGCAGCAGCGCCGAAGGGGAACGAAGACGCUUUUCAGCCGGUAAAUGAGAACGUAGUGGCCGCUGCGGUUGCGCCAGCGGAGGUGAGAGGGGAAAACGAUAGGGUUUUGGCAGAGCCGCUGCGCGGCAAGGAAGAGGAGGAGGUGGCAGAGAAGGCGAUGGACGAUAGUGGCGGCCGCAGCGGUGACAAGGGGCAUGCCGGUGAAGACGAAGGAAGCACCGCUCCGCUUCCUGAAAAAGUUCAGGUUGGUGGUUCGCCUUGGUAUAGAGUAGAAAGAAAGCUUGGCAAGGGAGGCUUUGGACAAGUUUAUGUAGGUCGCCGUGUUACUGGUGGUACAAGUGAUAGAACAGGUGCUGGAGCUGCUGAGGUGGCUCUGAAAUUUGAGCAUCGAAGUAGCAAAGGAUGUAACUAUGGACCUCCAUACGAAUGGCAAGUUUACAACUCUCUUGGUGGCAGUCAUGGUGUACCUCGAGUACAUUACAAAGGUCGACAAGGUGACUUUUAUAUCAUGGUUAUGGAUAUGUUGGGACCAAGCUUGUGGGAUGUUUGGAAUAAUAACUCUCAUACGAUGUCCAUUGAGAUGGUGGCCUGCAUUGCCAUAGAAGCAAUAUCUAUAUUAGAGAAGAUGCACUCCAGGGGGUAUGUGCAUGGAGAUGUAAAACCUGAGAACUUUUUGCUUGGUCCUCCGGGAACUCCAGACGAGAAAAAACUGUUUUUGGUUGAUCUUGGAUUAGCUACAAGGUGGCGAGAUGUUUCAACUGGUCUGCAUGUUGACUAUGACCAAAGGCCUGAUGUCUUCAGGGGAACCGUUCGUUAUGCCAGUGUCCAUGCUCAUCUAGGCAGAAUAGGUAGCAGGAGAGAUGAUUUAGAAUCUCUUGCUUAUACACUCAUUUUCCUUCUCCGUGGUCGUCUCCCUUGGCAAGGAUACCAGGGUGAGCACAAAGGUUUCCUCGUCUGUAAGAAGAAGAUGGCAACAUCUCCUGAGACUCUAUGCUGCUUCUGUCCACAACCUUUUAGACUGUUUGUGGAAUAUGUGGUGAACUUGAAGUUCGACGAGGAGCCUAAUUACGCGAAAUAUGUAUCACUUUUUGAUGGGAUAAUUGCUCCAAAUCCAGAUAUCAGGCCCAUUAACACUGAUGGUGCACAGAAGCUUAUCUAUCAAGUUGGACAUAAGAGAGGCCGCCUGACUUUGGAGGAUGAGGACGAUGAACAACCAAAGAAAAAGGUUCGUAUGGGGAUGCCUGCAACACAAUGGAUUAGUGUUUACAAUGCUCGUCGACCUAUGAAACAGAGGUAUCACUACAAUGUGGCGGAUGCAAGGCUGAUUCAGCACAUUGAGAAAGGAUAUGAAGAUGGCUUAUUUAUUAGUUGUGUGGCUUCUAGUCAAAAUUUAUGGGCAUUAAUCAUGGACGCAGGCACUGGAUUCACUUCACAAGUUCAUGAACUGUCACCAUAUUUUCUUCACAAGGAAUGGAUAAUGGAGCAAUGGGAAAAGAACUACUACAUCAGUUCGAUAGCAGGAGCUACUAAUGGGAGCUCGUUGGUAGUGAUGUCGAAAGGUACACAGUAUUUGCAGCAGUCUUACAAAGUUAGCGAUUCAUUUCCCUUUAAGUGGAUAAACAAAAAGUGGAGGGAGGGUUUCUAUGUCACUUCCAUGGCCACCUCAGGAAGUAGAUGGGCAGUUGUCAUGUCUCGUGGUGCAGGAUUUUCAGAGCAGGUUGUCGAAUUAGAUUUUCUUUACCCUAGUGAAGGCAUUCAUCGGAGAUGGGAUAGUGGAUUCCGUAUUACGGCUACCGCAGCAACUUGGGACCAAGGCGCUUUUGUUCUAAGCGUGCCAAGAAGGAAGCCGGCAGAUGAAACACAGGAGACGUUGCGUACUUCUGCUUUUCCUAGUACACAUGUCAAGGAGAAAUGGGCAAAAAAUCUUUACAUUGCAUCCGUAUGCUAUGGUCGUACAGUUUCAUAAUAUGGAAAAAUCAAUGCUGGGAAGUCGCUCGAUGCCAUUUUAGAAACCCUAUCUCAGCUCUAUUCAACAAGUCAUCUGAUUGGGGAGCAACACAACCUGGUUUUCUGCAGUGGCAUUAAGGCUAGUGAAAUUUUGAUGAAUCCGAACUUCAAUAAUUAUAGUAAUUGUAUUAGUGCACAGUAAGGAAGAUAUAGGACUCUCUUGUUGUCUGUUAAGUUGUGUGGAUAUUCUCCUCUAAAUGGGUGUCUAUUAACCCAAAGGGGCUAUUGGUCUAACUUAUUACCAUUUGGGCUUGUAUAGUUUUCUCAAACCGUAAUAAGGACUUGGUUUAAGGCUGCUUUUGCCGGGCUCUUGCUUGCUUCCUUUCACUAACGAUAAAAAUUGUUGUUGCGUGGGAA